AAGGUGUAGGUGCAAAACAGUUUUUACACCUACAAACUGUAAUUCCGAAUAUUAAUCGUUAAUUAAAAAUAUUAGUUGUUAACCUUUCAACAGCGAGGUCCGAGUAUUUAUAUAAUAAUAUUUUUGGACAUUUUUAGUAACAGUGUUCAGGAUUAAAUUUAUGAAUAAUCAGGAUGUCUUGGUUCGAAGACGUAGAAUCAUCGAAUCAACGAUCAUCUGAAAAUAUUUUGGGAACUUCGCCAACCUCCUCGAUAUUACCUUCGCAUCAAAAUUCUUAUUUUGCUGGAAACUGGGACUCCUCGUGGAAUCUUAAAUGUCCUUGGAAUAAUUUUUCAAAUUCUUGCAAUUCUACACCGCUGAUCAACCCUUUGAAUGAACCUAAUUUGACACCAUCUUGCACGGGAAACUUUCAGUAUGGCGACAGUAAUCGAAACUAUAAAAUAUACAGAUUGGAGCAGUGUUCGCACCAAAAUGGCGAAUGUAAUAUAAUCGAACGAUCAACGGAUAAAAUGGACUUCGAUUCGUCCGAGCAGUCUCUGAAUUUCAUUUGCGAAAAGACUCAAGAUCGUCAAAUUACCACGACGACUACCACAGUGUUUCGUGCUUGGGAAAUUCCAUCUUUCCAAGAUGCUGAAGGAAAAAGUGAAAACGAAAUUAAGUGUUGUUCUUGGCAGGAUCCAAUAAACGAUUCCUUCGAAAAAGAAGCGUGUUCCAUGGAAAGAGAACAUGAGACGAGUAAAAGAUUGGUCGGUGAUAAGCCUCGUAAGGAAAGAACAGCGUUUACAAAGCAACAAGUCCGACAUCUUGAAUGUGAAUUCGCACACAGCAACUAUCUUACGCGUUUACGUCGUUAUGAAAUUGCAGUUGCAUUGGAUCUAACAGAACGGCAGGUCAAGGUGUGGUUUCAAAAUAGGCGAAUGAAGUGGAAGAGGACCAAAGCUGGAUUAGGAAAUGGAUCAGAAAAGCUCAAUGUUUCUUGAUACAU